UUAAUUGUGAACAAUAAUAGCAACUACAAAAAGAAAACAUAAAAACAGCAUUAACAAAAUAAAAAAAAAAAAAAACGACUGACCAAAAUUAAAACAUUACUUUUAAAUUUUUUAUAAAAAUAUCAUUCAAAUCUACCAAAACCACGAAACAAUCACUGACACACACAUUAAUUUAAAAUUACUCACAUACGAACACAUAGAAAGCAAAAAAGGAAAAAAUAAAAUAAUAAAACACAUUGACUCAUUCAUUUACUAACUCAAUCACAGUCAUCACACAUACACACUGCUACACAACCAAACAACAUACUUUAACUAACAAAAAAUUAGCCAAAUUUGAUGUUAAAAGUGUCGGAUUGUUAGUUCGUUCGUUCAUUCAGUACGUAACAAGUGACGUAGCACCACUCACUAUAUAGUCCACUGAAGUUCAUAGACAUGCGACUGAUUCUCAUCAUCAUACGUAUAUAUUUAUCAUAGAAUAUAGCAACAACUACGACAACCAUACUACAAGUUUCGCUAAAUGUUUGAAAACGCAACAAAUGAGAAAUGUGGUGAAUUUAACCAGCAUAAAACGAUAAAUAACAACAAUUAAAAUUAGACAGUAAAGAACAACAAUAAUAAAAUUAAAAUCAAAAACAGAGAAAAGUAUAAAACCAUUUUUGAAAAAUAAUUUUUCUAGGAAUUUCAUUUAAUUUCCCAUGGAUGUGUGAGUGUAUGUUAAACUGGACAUGCGAUAAUAAUAAUAACAACACCAGUAACAACACGAUGAUCAACAUUACCACAACAGACAACAGAAAGUAGAGGAAGAGUGAAAAGAAAAAUAUACAUUAUUAGUAACAACAGCAUCAGCACUCCUACCAAAACAAGCAACAGUAACAACGAUAAUAACAGCAGGAAUCUACACCCUAUAAAACCUUAAGAUUAAACCACAAUUUAAACAACAUCAUCAACAACACCAACAUUCAGCCUGUGUGUACCGCUUGCCUGCAUGUGUAUUCUUUAUAUUUGUAUAAAUGUGUGUGUUUGAGAGAGAAAGCGAGUAAUCGUAAAGUAAACAAACCAUCACCCUUUUUCGUCAUCAUCAACAACAAAAACAACAACUAUCAUUUACUAAAGCAGUAUCAAGCCAGUCAGUUUGUCUGCCCGUCAACUGAGCAACAAACCAGCCAACCAGUCAGCCGGGCAGUCAACCGAACAACAAUUUAGCAAAAGUAAUCGUCAGUCUUCGUAUAUUCAACAACAUAAUUUUAACGCCAACAAUUCUUCAUUGUUUGUUCGUUUGUUUGUAUGUAUGGGUGUGUAUGCAAGGAUACAAAAAGCUGGAUACGCUUCAUAAACAGUUACACACACACACACUUAACCUCACCCCUCACCCAAUACACAAGCAUACGCAUACAACAUCAACAAACACAUGCACCACGCACACUUACAACCACUAGAAUACACUCAACAAUUUCAUCAUUAACAAACAUCGCACAACAACGAAUAACGAAAUCGACAACUACAACUAUUACAACAAGAAUUAUAUAAGAAUAAAAAAAACAAACAUUUAUUUUAUUUUGUUUUUUCAUCUAUCUGUCUGACUGCCUGCUGAUUCACACUUUCUCCCAUCUCACCCAUCUCUUGCUGAUUAUUGCAACUUUAUUAUCGCCAUCGUUGUUGUCGUCAUCAUCAACAACUACGACAACAACAAACGAACAUUUAACUCGCCAACGAUAAACGCAAUUGCCAUUUCACCCUCGUCCUGGCCAACGUCGUCGUCGUUGUCGUCAUCAUCAACAACACAAUAAAAACAACAACAUUGUUUCGUUAAGGCUUAAAUGAAUUUAUUUUGUUGCUGCUGCUGUAACAUGGCACCAAAUACACGCGUCACACGCAAAUGGGAACUAUUUGCCGGACGUAAUAAAUUUUAUUGUGAUGGCUUGUUAAUGUCUGCUCCUCAUACGGGAGUAUUUUAUUUAACGUGUAUUCUUAUAACGGGCACAAGUGCGUUAUUUUUUGCAUUUGAUUGUCCUUUUUUGGCCACACGUAUCAAUCCCAUUAUACCAAUUGUUGGUGCUAUUUUAUACUUUUUUACCAUGAGUUCCUUGCUACGCACGACCUUCACAGAUCCUGGUGUUAUACCACGUGCCUCAUAUGAUGAGGCCGCCUACAUAGAAAAACAAAUUGAAGUGCCAAAUUCUUUAAAUAGCCCCACAUAUCGACCGCCACCACGUACAAAAGAAGUCCUUGUUAAAGGUCAAACAGUAAAACUGAAAUAUUGUUUUACUUGUAAAAUUUUUAGACCACCCAGAGCAUCACAUUGUAGUUUGUGUGACAAUUGUGUGGAUCGUUUUGAUCAUCACUGUCCAUGGGUUGGAAAUUGUGUGGGCAAACGUAAUUAUCGGUUCUUUUAUUUGUUUCUAGUCUCUUUGGCUUUUUUAGCUGUAUUCAUAUUUUCAUGCUCUGUGACGCAUUUAGUAUUAUUAAUGAAAACUGAACAGGAAGUAUUUGAAGUCAUAAAGAAGGCGCCAUUCACCGUGAUUGUGGUGUUUAUAUGUUUCUUUUCCAUCUGGUCUGUGAUCGGUUUAGCGGGAUUUCAUACAUAUUUAACAACCAGUGAUCAAACAACAAAUGAAGAUCUCAAAGGUUCAUUUUCUUCCAAAGGUGGACAACGUAAUUUAAAUCCAUAUUCUAGAGGGAAUAUAUGUUUAAAUUGCUGUCAUAUAUUAUGUGGACCCAUGACACCUUCCUUAAUAGAUCGGCGUGGUAUUGCUACGGAAGAAUACAUUUUUCAAAUGCAACAACAUUCAAGUCCUCGUCAUCCUCUCAGUGAUGUGAUAAGUGCCACUCAUGUAGGAAGUGGUGCCAUGAUUACCUCUCAGCCUAUUAUAACGGGAGCCGGCGGUGGCAUUAGUAUAGGUGGCUCCGAUUUAAAAUCUAGAUAUUAUGAUGAGUCCAAUACCUCAUCAUCGGCCAUGGAUGCUAGUGCUACGGCUGGCGGCGUUUACAGGCCGCGCAGCUAUGACAAUUUACAAAAUGGUAAUUCCAAUAGUUUAGCCCAUUUGGUAGAUAAUGAGAUACCAUUAUCCCAAAUGGAUACACCGGCACAUCAGCAAUUCCAGGGCAUAAAUCAGUCGAGGCGCUUUAGACAUCAUAAGCACAGACUGGGAGAUGGUAGUUCAGGCGAUGAACUGGAUGAUGCAGAAUUGGGAAAUACCAAUAAUUUAGCCUUAAGUACGGAAACAUUAGAUGAUGAAGAAGUUGUGGUAGUGGGUACCACCGAAGUGGUGGCUGCUGUUGCUGCCAUAGCGGCUACAAAUAAAGCGCGCGAACGCCAUAAUCUAUCAGAUAGUUAUAACAAUUUAUUCAAUGGUGAUCUGGAUACAUCACAAUCGAAUAACACUACUCCAGCUAAUUCCCCACUCGCAGAAAUGCCUUCUCUAUCGGCCAGUGGCUCAAACUUAUUGGCAGCUGCCAUGAUGGGAACGCCGCUGACGGAGAAUCUUCCCAAAUCGAUAUCGCAAACAGAAAACAUGUACAGCAACAUACCAAAUGUUGCAGCAACAUCUGGUAAUGUUGCCAACAACAAAGAACAACAACAACAAGACACAUCGAAUCUUCACGUCUAUUCCAAUUUAAUCGAUGAAAGACCUAAUCCUCAUACACAUUCUACCAGCACCACUGUCAAUACCCCGACUACUACCACUUCCAACAACGCCAAUUCGUUUGCUGUCUCCAAGAGCAAGUCCUCAUCAGCCCAUGCUGGUCUUGUGUCAUCUAUUAGUAGUAAUCCCUUAGACUUGCCCUCCACUUUGUUGUGUGAUGAUCUGGAUUUGGAUGAUCCUGUUUCAGCAUCUUUUGUAGCCCAACCAAAAAAUGAUAAAAGUAAAUUUAGCACACGUCUUGCCUUUAACUCGAUUGUGCCCGAUGUUUUGCAAACGCCUAACAAAUCAACGGCUUUAGCUUCGAAUAGCACAUGUAACACUUCCACCACGGACAAUGUCAAACUGCAAAUGUCUUCGACCAACGAUUUGAGUUCGAAUCGUUUGCGUAUUCUGCAUGACACGACCAUGAUUGACACAGCAUUAGAUUUAGAUAGUUUAGACGAUGCAGCAUUAGCAAAUACAUCGCAGGCUUGUUUAGUUAAAACACCAUCAUCGCCCUCCUCACCAGCCAACAUUGGUUUUAAAGUUUAAGUAUGUGUUUAGGCGUGUAUAAGGGACGGAAUGAUUGAGUAAUUAGAGAUAAAGUUAAAGUUUGAUUCGAAAUCAAAAUAAUUACUUUGCUUUGUGAUGAUGUGAAUUGUGACCACCGCUAAUUGGUAAAUUAUUUAAUUGAAA